AUGAGUUUGAGCACUGCUGCCGAAGAAGAUUCGGCUCCAGAAAUACAUCUUCCGGCGGAUAUCGAUUGGCAAAUGCUGGACAAAUCCAAGUUCUUUUUCCUUGGUGCCGCUCUCUUCUCUGGAGUCUCUGCUACCCUUUACCCUGUCGUCGUCCUCAAGACUCGGCAACAGGUAUCACAGACGCAGGUCUCUUCCAUUAGAACGGCCUUUACGAUCUUGCGUCACGAGGGCAUCAGAGGCCUAUACAGAGGCUUUGGUACUUCCCUGAUGGGAACAAUCCCUGCUCGUGCCCUGUACAUGACAGCUCUAGAGGUCACUAAGAGUAGUGUGGGAACCGCAACUGUCCGUUUGGGUUUCCCAGAACCGACGGCCGCUGCUAUCGCCAACGCCGCCGCUGGACUAAGCUCUGCGAUGGCCGCACAGCUUGUUUGGACACCGAUCGAUGUUGUCAGCCAACGGCUCAUGGUCCAAGGCUGCUCCGGCAAUCCCAACAGCCCGAAUGCACCCCCUUGUAAAUAUCGUGGUGGGAUCGAUGCAUUCAGGAAAAUUCUCAACGCCGACGGUUUGCGGGGUCUGUACAGGGGAUUUGGUAUGUCCAUAUUGACCUACGCUCCCUCGAAUGCAGUUUGGUGGGCAUCAUAUUCUGUGGCACAGAGACUUGUUUGGGGUGGAAUUGGUUGCUAUCUCUGCAAGAGAGACGAUGAGAGUAAGGAGAAUAGUAACAACAACGGCAGCUUCCGGCCGGAUUCGAAAACAGUGGUGGCAGUGCAGGGAGUAAGUGCAGCUAUGGCUGGUGGGGUUUCGGCAUUGAUUACAAUGCCGCUUGAUACAAUCAAAACGAGAUUGCAGGUUUUGGAUGGGGAGGAGAAUGGACGUCGGCCACCAACAGUUGGGCAGACUUUUAAGAAUUUAGUUAAAGAAGGUGGAUGGUCUGCUUGUUACAGAGGAUUAGGCCCUAGAUGGGCUUCCAUGUCCAUGUCUGCAACUACCAUGAUCACAACUUACGAGUUUCUCAAACGUAUGUCUGCUAAGAAUCAAGAAAACUUGUCUGCAUGAACAAGUUAGCAACCCAGAGGUGAACUCAAAAGUCUCAUUAAUGGAAAACCCAAAAAACAAAGAAGUUUU